UCCUUUUGAAUUGAAAAAACCAAAUGGCUUCAAUCAAACCAAGAAUGCUUGGCGGACUCAAAAGACUAGUCUGCCAGAGCUCGCAAAAGGCAUUCUCUCCAUCACUGCGACGAGCAUGUGAACUACAUGUUCAACGUCCGGUCCAACAGCGAUUAAGCCGUGCCUUUACAACUUCUCCAAUUAUCCGGAUUGGAGCUAACCCACGGGUAGAGGACAACCGCCCUUCAGGUCCCAAUUGGAGAGCAAAAAAAAAGAAGGGAGUGCGGGAUGUUGGAAGAGAAGAAUCUGGGCAGCCAUCUGUUGUGGUACCGCCUAUGGACGAAGGAAUGCGAGCCACCGCCUACUGCACCGCUGAAAAUUACAACUUUACGACUCUCUUACCUCUCUUGCAGAGGAAAUACCUUUUACUUCCCUUCAUUGCCGAUGAUGUGUAUCAUAUUCGUCUUGUGAACCCAUCAGAGUCGAUUUCUAGUUCAGCAGGACAUGACGCAGAAGCGUUUAUAUUUCGGGAUGGAACGUUUGCGACGUGGGGUGCGACGGAUGCGCAGAAUGCGGCCUUGUUGCGUUUGGUGAAGCAGGUGGAGAUUAAUCCGUACAAGGAAGCAGAAACUGAGUGGUUUCAUUAUUGUGUGGAUCUUGACCAGGCUGGAGGACUCACCGCUGAUACUAUCAUUAUUGGCAACUCUCUCCCCGCACAUCAAGCGAGAUUAGCAUACUCGUCUGGUCUGGCGCGAUCCGUAAAGUUGGCUGCACUUGAGGAAAUGCUUGAAAAGCAUUUGGAAAAGAACCGUCACAUCCCUCAAGUCCUCUUGCAAGGCAAAAAACUUCCGCUCAGCCGUGCAGCCGUGCUACAAAACCUUGGUGAACUCUUUUCUCUACGAGGUCAUCUAAACCUCCACGGUGAACUCCUCGACUCUCCCGAUUUUUGCUGGUCGAGUGCCAAAAUGGAAGACAUAUUUGACCGAAUAUCGCGUAACCUGGACGUCCGACCGCGGAUCGCCGUCUUUAAUAAAAAAUUAGACUAUGCAAAUGAGUUGACUGAAGUCAUUCGCAGUCACCUCCACACAAAACACUCUACCGGACUGGAAUGGGGAAUCAUUAUUCUCAUCAUGAUUGAAGUCGGGUUCCAGGUUUAUCAUACUUAUAAGGAAUGGGAAGCGAAUAACCCAUCGUCACGUCGUAGUGCUCCACAAGUCUCACCCGAGUUUGUUCCGGAUGAGGCUCUUGAGGAGACUGUUAAGCCCAUGCUGGGGAAAGGAGAACCUCGACGAAGAGGUGAACGUGAGCGAGAAGACAUUGGCCAUCGACGGGAGUUUCGGGGUGAGGCUUCUGAGGAGGAUGAGAGUGGGUUAACGCUUGCGCCGGCUCUCAGUGGCACGUCUUCCCGUUGGCGUGUCUAAAAAGGGUUGCUGUUGUGGAAUUUUUUUUGCUUGUCGUUUUUCCGACCUUUGGAGCAGUUAUUUGGAAUUUUUGUCAUGUGCAUAGAUGCAUACAUCUUUUUUUUUUUUUCAUUGUAAUCAUAGACGUAUAUAUAUUUACUACAAUUAGAGAGACUCUUUUGACGCCUGGCCCGUUGUGUAGACUCUUUUUGUAUUCCGACUGUCGGGUGUCCCAAAUGGGGCGUGAACAUUUCGCGUUAUAGACCUACUCGGUGAAUAUUGUGAAUGUCGUUUGCGUUCACAAAUAUGUAUAGAAGUGUGAGAGGGCGAAAUAAAAAAGCGCUUGGAUUGUUG